CCAAUCGGAUUCCAGCGCUCAUCCAGCGUCACCUGCCGCCACCUGCGGAGGGACGAAACCGGCCUUAGCUGUCACGGCCAUGUCUCUCUGCGAAGACACACUCCUGUGUAACUUCCCAAAGUGCCGGACCAAACUGAUCGGCUUUGCCUGGGUCACAGCCUGCUCACAUGUUUUCUGUGAUCAGCACGGAUCCGGUGAGUUCAGCCGCUCUCCUGCCAUCUGCCCGGCCUGCUCCUCUGCGCUGUCUGGGAAGUUGGACAUUGUAAGGACGGAGCUGUCACCCUCUGAGGAGUACAAAGCCAUGGUGCUGGCAGGAUUGCGACCAGACAUAGUUCUGGACAUCAGCGGCCGCGCUCUGGCCUUCUGGAGCUAUCAGGUCCAUCAGGAGCAUAUGUACCAAGAGUACAGUCUGUCACGGGCCGAUGCGCAACUGAAGCAGAUGGAGAAGGUGUUGACCCAGCAGAGCCAGAGCAGAGAGCUGGAGCUCACCGCCAUGAGAGGGGAAAUCGCCUCCCUGAAGAAAGUGAUGGAGGAGUAUAAGAGGAAGUACAGUGAGGUGUCCGAGAGGCUGAUGGAGAGGAACAGGCAGUACCAGAAACUACAGGGGCUGUACGACUCUCUGAGGCUGCGCAACAUGGUGGUGGGUGUCGGGGAAAGAGACACACUGUCACAACCAGGACAUAACAACUUCAGCACUGGGCUGGCUCGACAGGCAACUCCCCAGAGAAGCCCUCAGUUCCUCUCCAUGGGCCCUGAUGUGGACAAUCGAUUCUUCUCCUGCCUGGAGGCUGAUGGAGCCAAGACCUUCUUUCAGUUCAGUUCCCCGGCCAGGGAGAAAGGCCAGUCCUUCAUCAGGAAGCACUGAGAGGAACAGGUUUCAUAGUGACUUUAGCUGAACUGCUAUUAUUCCCAUUAACAAAUUGUUGUGGUUUAACCUUAAUUUAGUUGGUGUUUGCCGUAAGUUCAUUUUUGUAUCAUUUAUUGUAAUUUUGAACCUUAAAUGUGUUUUUGGACAACUAUAACAAAUAUUGGACUAAAAGUGUUGUUGAAUGCAACUAUGACCUUUUAGUCUUGUUUUGUACAUUUGUGCCGCAAGUCCAGUAAAAGUAAGUAAAAUACAACACAA